CCCGUGCCAGCCUGCCCCACUCUGGGGCGAAUGCACUCGGCUGGCAAGGCCUCAGGCUGCUCUGAGAGCCUCGUGUGACCAGGGCUGGGGAGCACACAGGACAUGAUGGGAUUUGUGUCUUUAAGGAGCCUUUUGUGCAUCUCCAGCAAGGGACUCUCAGCUGGGAGCAGGUCAGGGCCCGUUAACCCUCGCACGCCCAGGCCUCAGGCACUGACACCCCCCAACAAAAAGCGACCGCGUCUUUGCAGCCUCUUUAAAUCAGUUGCUCUAGGUGUGGCCCUAGGGUGCUGGCUGUUCCCCCCUCACCCCUCAAUGAUGGGAGAGUCCCCCCCCCCCCCCCCGAUCGAGGGCAGAGAACCAGGCAAACGAGUCCCCGAGUUUGUUGAAAUCGGCUUUUUAAGUGUAUUGUCUUUAUGCUGCUGCUCCCCCUCCUUCCUUCCCCCAGGAUCACAAACUCUGUGGUCACUUUCCCCCAAGUUGCCUUCCACCUUCAGAUUCACAGCCAGCUCCUCCCUAUUCGUCAGAAAUAGCAACUAGCCACCGGCCGUCCCCCCUCACAUCCCACACCUUCUGAAACAAAACAAAAUGUAUCUUUCAAAAAACCGUAUGGAAACAAGACACUUAGUUCUCCUCUGGGGAGCAGAGAACCCAAACACGGGCCAGGUGAUAGUGACAGUGGUUAAUGCACAGCCAGACCGAGCCCAGACACUGCAGGGAGGAGCAGAGGGUAAGAACCUACAUAGGACUGAACAGAAGAGACCCCACAGUGUCCCCACAGCGCAGCGAACCAGGCAGGGCCCCACGGAGAUAGAACGUGAUCGUGUAAUUCAAGAGUGCACCAGCCUGCGGUGGUGCAAAGGGCAGAGAUGAGGCUGCAAAGGGAACCCGACUAUUAUUUCCUCACUUCAGAGGGUUUGAUUUUUAUGUGGGGGAGGCAUUUUCAAAAGCACUGAAGUGAUUGAGGAGCAUGGAUCACGCUGGCAGCCAACGGGGCCUGGACAUCUAAAUCAGGGGGGCACUUUUGAAAAUCACCCCCUGCACAGAUAAAGCUGGGGGAGGGAUCGGGGAGGAGGAGGAGACCUGGGGGAGCAGGUAUGUUAGCCAAAUGGGCUCAUUUCCCCCUGGAGCUGCCCAAUUACCCCAAGGAGGCACGGGAGUCUAGAAGACGGCUUUAAGUUUUUAUUGACCAGUCAGCUGAGUGGGCGCUCUCCUCGGCUAAUGCCAGAGAGAGAGCCCCUUACAAGUGCGGAGCAAGCCUUUUUAUACCUAGCAACAAACAACUUAGCAUGCAUACCUGAUACGCCUACGCGGAAGGAACAUUUCAAAAGGCCUUGUAUGCAGAUUGAGAGAGAGGCAAGGGAAUGGAUACAUAACAGGAUGCGGUUUAACAUUUGCUUGAACUCAUCGCUUCUUUCCACAGCCACCCCCUUUCCCCCCCGCCCGCACUCCACUCUGAGGCAUAUGUUAGACUGAAAUGGCAGUGCCUGUCUGUCUCACCUAGGCUGGUGGUUUGGCCGCCUUGUGUUAUCACAUAAUCUUGCUGCACAGAAGGCUGCAGCGCGUGUUUUGCAGAAACAGUCGUUGCUCCUGAUAUAACAGCUGGGCUUAUAGGCAAAUAGUUGACCUUUUUUGCUCUAACAGGUACAAAGUGCUCACAUUUUGCUAAUCACCCUGCCUCAGUCAUUUCCCUCUGCUCCUCACUGCUAAGUGCCCCGUGCCGGGGGCGGGGACAGGCUGCCAACUGUGCCACACAGCACGAGCCGGGCUGCCCACUGCCCUGGGCAGGUACCUUGAAGUGAAUGAGGGAGAGCUCCUCUGUGCUAUGGGCCCCAUCCUCUGCACACAACCGCAGCCCCUGUGCUCAGGGCAGUGCAGGCUGUUCCCACCCGGGCGACACGAACACCCAAAGGUGGCGGGGAAGGGCUGGCCGGAGGCUGGGAUACGGCCAACCUGGUCACCCCACGGGGCUGUGGAGUUGAUUGGGUGCGUAACAGGGAGUGCACUCCGGUGUGGUAAUGGUGAGUGACCUGUCUGUGUGCAGGGAAACCCAGGGCAGGAUUGUAUGUGUGCAAACGUGUGUGCGUAGAGACACAAACACACACACACACACACACACCCUGUAACCAGUCCCAUGUCACCCAGGGAGCUGCAGGUGGCAAGUCAGGCAGAGUGGAAACUGAAGAUGACAAGUGGAGCUGAAAGUUAAGGUUCAGUUUCCUUUCCCCCAGCUCACUCUCGCUUUCAGUUCCCCAGCCAGCCCCGUGAGCUCCCCAGCCCGCAGCCCAGGCUGGCUAUAAAAGGGCAGGGGGGUCCGAGCAGACACAGUCCGUUCUGGCCCCAGACAGAACUCGGGUCUCUCCCAGAACCGGGCACUUCUCCAGCUCGGGAAGAAACCCAGUGCAGUGACAGGAGCCGUCACCUCCCUGGCUGGGCUGGGGACUCAGCAGAUCGCAAUGAGCCCCCUGCGCCUGAAGGAGAAGCUGCAGGCCCUCCAGUGCCACUUCACCUGGAACUUUGAAAUCAGAGACAAGGUAGAUGCAACUCACAUCCUCCAAACUCUGACUCUCAGGAUUGCCCACACUCACUACCAGAACCAGCCCGUGCUCCUUGCCAUGCAGGCUUAUCUCUACCACCUGCAAGGGCAAUAUGAAGACGCUCUGCAAAGCCUUAGAGAAGCCGAGGAGAUUCUGCAAAGAGAUCACCCAGAUAACUUCCCCCGGCAGGUCCUGGUCAUUUACGGAAACUACGCCUGGCUCUAUUAUCACUUGGCCCACUAUGAUUUGGUUGAGCUUUACCUGGACAAGGUUAGAAAGAUCUGCAGCUCCCUGAAGAGCCGCUCUCCAUAUGCAGCUCAGAUCCCUGAGAUACAUGCACAGAAAGGCUGGUCUCUCCUGGCAGCAGGCUUCCGCAAUGGCAGAGAAGCAACAGAGUGUUUCCAAAUGGCAUUGAGAGAAGACGAAGCAAAUGGGGAGUUUCUUGGUGGUUUGGCAAUCGCAGCCUUUGCAUCAUGGACUCACUCACGCAAUUCUGCAUCUCGGAAUGCUGCCAGAGAGAAGUUGGGCGCCAUUAUCCGUGAACAGCAGCAAAACUAUGAAGCUAAGGUGUAUUUAGCCAAGAUCUUUAAGAGCGUGAAUAGACAGCAAGCAGAAGCCCUCUUAGAAGAUGUUGUCCAGAAUAGCCUGGACCCUGAGGUCCUGAGAAAUGCAGCCAUGUUCUUUCAACGAGAAUUCGUAGAAAAAACAAUCUCUAUCCUACAGCGAGCAAUAUCUCUGAACCCCGAUUAUCAUCUCCUUCACUAUGACCUUGGCGUCUGCUACAAGAAACAACUGGAGGAGGCCAAGUCAGGCAGAGGAGAAAUAUUGGCAGCAGCUAUUGAGGCCUUCAAAAAGGCUUUGCAGAAAGAUCCAGUCUCUGUAUUUUCAAAGCUGGCUUUAGCUGAAGUGUAUGGAGAAAAUACACCUCACUACCAAGAAGAGAUUUAUCUCAAUCUCAUGAGUGAAAUGCCCAGCCUCAGCAAGAAGUGUCAGCAGGCCGUCUACCGUCACUGGGGGGAUUUCCUCUUCUACAAGCAGAAGUCACUGCGGGAGGCAGCUGAGAUGUACAAAGCAGGUUUCGCCAUUCCAGACGACUAUCCGGAGAGGCAACAACUGAAAACCAGGUUGGAAGAGGUGGCAGGAGAAUUCCAGCAGAGCUCCCAAACCGCUGAGGCUGAGGACAUACAUGACUUCAUUCAACAGACUGAAACUCCACGGUACAAGGGGAGAUCCACUGCUGGCAGCAACAGAGCAGGAGACUGGAGAUGUAGAGAAAAUAUGUGAUCCUUUCCCUUCCCUGGACACACUGUCUGAAGUGAGUCACUUUCCCCAGCUGUGUAACAAUGGCAUUCGUGUUGCAAAUGAUUCUGGGCCCCCGGAAUAGUUCACACCACGGCACAUGCUGCUGUUGCUUCUUAUAAUUAUCAUUAGCUACCUGUAUUGUGAUAGCGCCUAGGAGCCCAGACAUGGACCAGGACCCCAUUGCGCCUACAGUCUGCGACCAGAGACAACAGGAGGGAACCAGCAGACAGACGGGGGAGCACAGGCAGACGAUACUGGUCAGCAAAAUGGACAGUGGGCUCAGCCCACCAGCUACCCAGCCACUGUCCAGUGUUUUGUAAGCAUCACCGCAGAGGAGAGUUUAGCUUCUGAUCCUGAGCAGCUGUUUCUACCCAGAGGGGACGGUGCGACCAUCCUUGUCUCUAAGCAAACCUACCUGCCAGCUCUGCUGCCUUCUAACCUCCACACAGCAAAUAGGUGUGGAGUUUCUUCAAACAGCCUUGAGUUCUUCUAUCUGCAUAGCUGAGGGCCUGUCGUGUGUCUAUAUCAUGAGUCCCAUCUUUGCUUUCUGCACCUCUCACUGACAAUAACUCACAUUUACAUGGCACCUUCACCCCCAGCUUGUCAGGGAUCUGCUAUGUUUUUAUUUC